AACAAUAAAUGCUGAGAGAGAGAAGAGAGACGGUCUAGAAAGUUGUAUGAUCCCUGAAAACUGAACUGUUUAAUUGUGGUUUAAAGAAUAAGAAAAGAGAAAACUGAUCACGCAAGGAGGAAGCCAUGGAUCCUCUACUUCUUGCCAUUUUAGCACUUUUUGUAGCGUUGAUCUUGACCAUUGGUUUGCUUCUUGUGUACACGGGCAUCUUCCGGGAAGUUGAUGUAAACACUGGCCGACCUCCGAUUGCAAAUGUGCGUGUCGCAUACAAAUUUGCACAGGGACCAUACAGUGAAUGUGGACCAAUGUUUUCAGAGGUCGCCAGCCUUGCUCCAGAUCUGCGAUGCAUUGGCGUGUACUUUGAUGAUCCUCAAAAGGUGGAAUCUCACAACCAGCGUUACAUAGUUGGCUCUAUUCUGAGCGAGGGGACCAAUGAAGUAGAGAAAGAAGUGGAAACUCUAUUUGUUGAAAAAGGUUUUAAGCUAACUGACUUCCCAGCUGUAGACCACGCAGUUAUCAGUUCAUUUCCAUUUAUCUGGACCUUGUCAAGUUAUAUUGCAACUGCUAAAGUAUGGCCCAGAUUAGGAGAAUAUAUAGAGGAACGUAAGCUAUGUGCCCAUCCAGCCAUUGAAGUCUAUUCAGGAGACGAGAUCCAAUACAUGCUACCAUUGUCCAAACAGGAAGAUUUUUAUGUGGAAGAAGCAAGGAAGGCCAAAGAGGAGAUUGCCAAGAGCCUGCAGGAAAGUGAUGGAACGGACAAUGAGUCUGCUCUGCCGGAAGACAGUACAAUGAUAUCGGAAGGAAGCGAUGCAAGUGAUGCAAGCAGUGGCAGCGAGAGUUCCUUUGAAGAAUUAUCUCUGAAAGAAGGUGAAAUGGAAGAAGAGCCUAACGCUGCUGCCAAUGAAAUGUAAUUUUCUACGAUAACUACAACCAAUACCUGCUUCGUGACUCGAGUGUGGUUGCAAAUUUAUGUUAUAUGGGUAAAGUAACAUAGAAAAUUGAAUAAAGUUUUGUGAGACCCAAACUGUAUGGAAUCAGAAUGCAUUUUACAAAUUAACAAGCUAUGAUGCAGUGAGUACUACAUUGUUAUACAUCAGUUAGCAAUUAUUGUGAAAGGGUGUGGAUACAAGAAUUCAAUAUCACUUAUCAGUAUCACUCUCUUCUGAACAUGUGGUAUCUGAAGGAAAGAAAAGCCUAUUUUGUAUUCAUACUUUUCUUUACUUUAAUCAUAGUGAUAUCCCCAUGCUUUAAAAACCAACAACCCUUAUCGGACUUCAUUUAAUGCUUGUUCAUUGAUCACGCUUCACACUCAAUUUUAAGUACUAGAUGCAUGUGGCUAGAGGGAAUGCAGUUCAGACAGAGAAGUCUGAAUUAUACGAACACGUAACAAUGCAAUAUGAUGAAGAUCUAAUGAGCACAAUAAGGCCUUGAUAUGCUGUAAAAGUCAUUGGACUACCAUUACUCAAUGCCAUACAAAAACAGCAUUUUUCUCAAUAUAUUUUUUAACAUUAAUUCAAGACAGACAAGAAAGUAAUGUUUGAUAGAGUACCGAAGCAAUGACGUCAGUUGCCAUGGUGUUAUGGCAGCCUGGUUCUAAACAAAUGAAUCCGCCAAAUGAAAGCAUGUGUCUCUCAUAGGAGAAAAUGGCUGCUAUUGGAAUUUGAUCGCUUGCAACCUAUUUUUCAGACGAGCCAGUCGUACAGAUGUGUAAAGACAAUCGUCAACUGCGACUCUGUUUAGAACCAGCCCACCAUGGCAACUGAUGCACCCUUCGGUACUCUAUAUUUGUUGACUCAUCAUUAUCCAUUUGGUUGUGUUUGCUUUACAAAAAAUAUAUGCACAUUGAUUUGCAUGUUUGUAUUAAUGUUAUCCCAAAAUGAUUUCCAGAUGCUCAAAAUUUCUUGCACACAAAAUAUUUGGUAUAUUGUGGACCCUACAUUUUUCAUUGAUACAAACCUUUCUAAAGUGAGUCCAAACUAAUCAAAUUGACCUAUUCAGAAUACCCCAUUCAUUAAGUUGAAUAGUGAUGUUGCCAUAAAUUACUACCACUGUAAGAAUUCAAUACAGUGAAUCAAUAUCAACCAGUUAAAAAGAAAAAGCACACUUCCUAUACAUGACAGUUUAUGGAUUAUUUUCAUCAAAGGCAAUAUUUUCCCAUAAUUUGCCCACCCUGUAUUGCAUUAUGAUGUUCCAUUUUAGCAUUAAAAUGUAUUUGGGUUUUUAUUCUAUAGAACAGGGCUUAAAGGAAAGUUAAGGCAGUGCUCACUUUAGGGGGCUUCCAAAUCAAUUAAAUUUAAGGGCAUCAAUGGUAAGAUGUACUUGUGUAUAGGACACAUGCAUUGGAUAAAUGAAGGGUACCAAAGCUGAAUGUAGGCAAAAAGGACAUGCAUUUUGGCCUUAGGUUUGUAUUAUUUGGAAGGGCAUCAUGACCUUAUAUUGAUUUAAGCCCUGCUACAUUGUGAUGAAAAUAUAUGUUUGUGCUUUGUAGAGAGAGGCCCGCAUUCUGAAUUCUGGUCUAAAGUUGUGGUUUAACUAUGGAUAGCAAUUGUGGCACGAACCCACAACAGUAAAUGUUCAGUUUAUCAACUUACUCGGCACUUGAAUCAUUCAUAACUAUCUAAAAAUUCUAACUUAGGUAGAUUUCUUAAUCAUUACAGUAUGAGAAAAAUGAAAUAGCAAACAUAAGAAAUACAAUAUCAACUAAAUUUUAACAUGUUUUGCUUCCCAUAAGUUUAGCACAAAGUUAGACCAAGGUCAAAGUUAAACUGGAUUUCAGAAUACAGGCCAUAAUGUUAUAUGAACUGAAAAGUCCGAUAUUACAAUAUGUACUUACCUUUCACGCUGUUUCAUCCAGUUGUUUUGUAUUAGUUUCAGAACAGUGUAUGACAUUUUUAUUUGUUGAUUCAUUUAUUGUUUACAUCUACCUCCAUACAUUUUGCAUUGGCCUUUGUGGAUGGGGGCAUUUUCUACCAUUUUUGGUGAACUACAGAAUGGUUAAUUAUGCUGCACACUUGUUUUUAUUAAAGCACUGUACCUGUACAGCAAAUUCAUAAUUAUUUUCCAAUUAUUUAAUUGGAUCAAGAAUUUAGUUGUCAAUUGCCUCACAACAUAAGUUGCCAUGUUCAUAUAUUCUAUCAAAAAUUGUUUUGUAUGAUUCAUAAGUUUGUUUGGUAAAUAUUGCAUAAAAAUUUUAGUAUAAAGUGCAGUAAGAUGUGAGAAGUUGAUUAUCUAAACUUUUUUUUUUCUAAAUCUUUUUACAAGUAUAUUUACGUCUUUGAGAAGACCAAAAACAAGAUGUUGAAAAGUAAAAGAAUUAUGUAGUUCUAAUACUUACAAUUCAAACCAAAUUGAAAUAGUAUGAAAUAUUUUAUUUUGAAGGUAAAGAAGGCUGAACAAGCAGAUUGUGAAAACUUUGAAAGAAAAAAAAAUGGUGUUUGCAAGAUUUGUGAACAAGAAAGCUGAAACCUGUUUAGUGUUGAUUGGAAACAAUGUCUAAAUUUCCUAUGUUUUCUCUUGGCAGAGCAUCUUUUUUUUUCAAACUGUAUUUGAUGAAUUACAGACAAUUACCAAAGUUGGAUGAACAUGAUACACUCUUUGAAUGGAUGUUUGAAAGAUUAUGUGCUUCCAAAUUCCUACUUCAACAAAAUCACUUUCUGUGUAUUUCAAUAGACUUCCCAACGUGUUCAGGUUGCAUAACAAUGACAAAGUUCAAUAUAUCUUGUGUGCUUGCUAACCGCUGUUCGAUUGUUUUGAUUUAUUAUUUUGAGGGGAGGAGGGGGGGAUCAUUUGUAAGUCACUACUGUUUAAAGAUGCUUGAAUAACACUUGGUCAUUGCUUUGAUAGACCUGCUUCAUACGUAUUCAUAUCAAUGCUUAUAAACUAUGUUUGUUUAGACCACUUGAAAGCUUUGAGAGGCCUGUCAGACAUAGCAACAUGUACACUAUGGCCCGUAUUAUGAAGUCAGGUUUAACUUAGACCACGGUCAAACUCUGCUAAAAUUAUGGGGAGCCAAAAAUUC